AUGAUUGUUUUUCUCUUCCUAGCCAUCCUCUGCUUGGAAGUCAACGGAACUGCUCCAACACGUCAUCACAGUUUGGACGUUCACUGGCAUGAAUGGAAGAUAAAGCAUGGGAAAACAUAUGACAUGAAUGAAGAAAGAUUGAGGAGAGCAGUGUGGGAGAAGAAUUUCAAAAUGAUUGAUUUGCACAAUUGGGAAUACCUUGAGGGGAAGCAUGACUUCACCAUGGCAAUGAAUGUGUUUGGUGAUUUGUCUAAUACAGAAUUUGAGAAAAUGAUGACUGGGUAUCAAAGGCAGAGGAUCAAGAAGACGCAUAUAUUUCAGGAUCAUCUGUUUCAUUAUGUCCCCAAAUAUGUGGAUUGGAAAAAGCAAGGCUAUGUGACUCUUGUGAAUAAUCAGGGUCAUUGUACCUCUAUUUGGGCUUUUAGUGCAGCUGGGUCCCUAGAAGGACAAAUGUUCAGGAAAACAGGGAGACUGGUCCCUUUGAGUGAGCAGAACCUACUGGACUGCAUGGGUUUCAGUGUUACCCGCUGCAGUGGUGGCUUCAAGCAGAAUGCCUUCCAGUAUGUGAAGGACAAUGGCAGCCUGGCAGCUGAAGAAUCCUAUCCAUACAGAAGCACAAAGAAGGAGGACGAAGAAGAGAAGGAGGACAACAAAGAGGAGAAAGAUGAACAGGGGUUGGAGGUGGAAGAGGAAGAGGAGGAGGAGGAAGCUUUCAGACACUCCAUGCCAACAACUCACAAGAACCAUUCUUGUGUGAGUGCAGGAUUUCCCCCUCUUUGUGGGAUCCUGCAGCUCAAGGAGCACUGA